UGGGCCGGCCCGGCGCCGGGGGGAGGAGCGGCCGGGCGCCUGGGGCCUAGCACUGCUCGCGGGGACCCGGGGGCGCGCGACCCGCGCUCCCGCCAGGCCGGAAUGGCACUGCAGGGGCGGGGGACUAGGCACAGGGCUGGUGCCCGAGACCCGCGGCCCCGAGGGGUCACGCGACCGGAGGGAUUCUCCGCCCAGCGCGACGGCCUUUCCACCCCCGCGAAAUAGGGCAUGACGGAGCGAAAGUGCCGGGCCAGCCCACCCAGCGUGCUAACCCGGUGGCCCGAGGGCCUCGGGAGGGGGUCUGGGCUAGGCCAGCCGCACCCUGAUGCUUUAACCCCUUCUUGCCGGAAGAGGAAGCCCCGGCGCUGUUGAGGGGGAAGGGAGGUGUCCCCCGGGGUUAUUGGAAUCGGCAGCUGAGGCCCUGGGCCGGAGCCCAGCCUCCCGUUCCAGGACACCCUCCCCGAGGGGCGCCUCCGGGAGCGUCCGGGAGGAGGGCGUCGUAAAGGGAGUUUGGAGGCCCCGCCUGACUCCGAAGUUGCAGGAGGAGGUGCUUGGGACCAGAGAGGAGUCCGAGGGGCGCUGCCCACUCUGGGGCCUGGGAGAUGGUGGUCCCGCGGGCUCCCGCAGGCAGGACGGAGUCAGGGCAGUUCAACGAGGACAUGAUCCCCACGGUGGGGUUCAACAUGCGCAAAAUCACAAAGGGAAACGUGACCAUCAAGCUCUGGGACAUCGGGGGGCAGCCCCGUUUCCGCAGCAUGUGGGAGCGCUACUGCCGCGGCGUGAGCGCCAUCGUGUACAUGGUGGACGCCGCUGACCAGGAGAAGAUCGAGGCCUCCAAGAACGAGCUGCACAACCUGCUGGACAAGCCCCAGCUGCAGGGGAUCCCGGUCUUGGUCCUGGGAAAUAAGCGAGACCUCCCUGGAGCGUUGGAUGAGAAGGAGCUGAUUGAGAAAAUGAAUCUAUCUGCCAUCCAGGAUCGUGAGAUCUGCUGCUAUUCCAUCUCCUGCAAAGAAAAAGACAACAUUGACAUCACCCUACAGUGGCUUAUUCAACACUCGAAAUCUCGGAGAAGCUGAGAACGUGGCCCCGCCCCUCGGACCAGCGACCCCCUUCCAGACCUGAUGCCGAGCUCCCCGCCUACCUGCUCCCCUAUCCCCCAAAUCCCCCCCUCGUCACUGGUGUGGGGAGGGACCCUCUGGGCACCCUAGAGCCCUGUUCUGCUGAGGUUUGAACUCCUGUUUUUAUUGUAAAAUAAAUCGCUCCCUUCUGGUCCCUCAACCUCUCGCCCGCCCGCCCCUGUCCUGCGGUCCCCUCGCCUGUCCUGCUUCCUCCCCUCUCCACAGCCCUGGCCCCAGCCCCCACCCUCCCCCGUCCCCAUCCCGUCCUGCCCUUUCCAACACUCUUCUGUUAUUGUCCUGUGUGUACAGUAUAUAUAUGUAUAUAUAUUUUAAUUUUUUAAUUUAAGCAAAGACUAAAAUCAACCAUUCGAUGCUGCAGGGGCCAGUCGGGGUCUGGGAGGAGCAGCCUGGUGAGGAGGGGUGCGGCUGGCUCGGUGCAGGGCCAGGGCGGGGAGGCGGAGGCCGGCACUCGGGGCACCGGCGGCUGUCCCGUGCCCUGGGAGGUCCCCCGUCUGGGUCUGGCUGUCCCUGCUGGCAUGUCACAGGCUGACAGAGUCCCGGGACGUGCCCCUCCCGCCCCCAGCCUUGUAGGGCCCCAGCACAGCCAGCUGCCCCGGACCGGCUGCCCCAGGGGCCAGAGCCCAGUGCCUGUGUGGUGGCCCCCGGCCUACCCCGGCCUCCUGCUUUCUGUCCUCACUUCCAGAGUCACGCCAGGACAGAACUCAGCGGGGCAUUGGCUCUUUGGGUUUCAUGUUUGCUUGUUUAUUUAAUUUAAUGAUUUGUAAAGUGACAGUCCUCUUUCUUUUUUUAUACUUUUCAGCUCAUACGUAACCUCUGUUUGGAAAACGAUUCUUGUAACUGUACAUUUUUUUGCCUCCUAACAACACGAAUAAAUUAGCAAUUUUGUGCCGGG